ACAAACAGAAACGAAAAAUACACAUCUGCUACAGCCCGCGCAUGCAGCAGUGGCUGCUGCGCAUUCGUUGCAAAAGCAAAGCAGUUUGAGUUAUUUAUAUCUACUUAUUAAAUGAACUAAGCUUGCGUAUAAUAUUCUUGAACGUUUAGCGCGCAUGCUUUCACGCGUUACUUUUUCGCUAUCUGCUAACAGCUAAUCGACCGGGGUCAGGGAGAUCCUCCUUCGGUCAAAUUCUCAAUCGAGCCUGAGGACCCAGAGGCCUUCGAGCCGGAUAACAGCAAAAGAGGAGCAGGAUGUCAGACUCUGACAGUGAUGAGGACCAGGACCGGCCCUUCCAACUAGCAGGGUUUCUGUUUGGAAACAUCAAUGAGAAUGGACAGCUGGAAGAUGACAGUGUGCUGGAUAUGGAGUCAAAGAAGCACCUGGCUGGUCUGGGCUCUCUGGGUUUGGGUUCACUUAUUACAGAGAUCACAGCCAGUGAGGAGGACACAGUUGAGCAAGAGCAAGACCAGAGCAACACUGACGCAGAGGGAUGGGUAAGGAGCACAGAAGAUGCAGUUGAUUACUCUGAUAUCAGUGAAGUUGCAGAAGAUGAAACCCGCAAAUACAGACAGGCCAUGGGCAACCUCCAGCCAUCACGGAGAAUAGAUGAAGAGGAAGAUUACGAUGCUGACUGUGAGGAUGUCGAUGCCAAACUCAUGCCGCCUCCCCCUCCCCCUAGUCAGCCAACCCCUGCCAAGAAAGAAGACACGCCCACUCAGAACAGCAAUGUGACCGAUGAGGGUGAUGGCAUUAUCCUACCUUCCAUUAUCGCUCCAUCAUCUGUGGGCGAUAAGGUUGAUUUCAGCAGUUCAUCAGACAGCGAGAGUGAGAGUGAUCGACCGUCUCAGGGUUCAGGGACAGAUGGACAGGCAGGGUGUCUUACCCUCCCUCUUGCGGGCAUUAUGCAGAAAGAUGCUGCUAAAGCCCUGCCUGGAGUCACAGAGCUGUUCCCUGAGUUCAGACCUGGAAGGGUGUUGCGGUUCUUGCGGUUGUUUGGUCCUGGUAAGAACAUGCCAUCUGUAUGGCGAAGUGCUCGCAGGAAACGAAAACGGAAGCAGAGAGAGCCACAGUCAGACAUGGCUACAGGUGAUAAUGAAUCACAGCCACUUGAGCCAGGGGCUAAGAAAAAAUCAGGAUGGGAUUAUGAGUAUGCACCACCUCCACCACCGGAGCAGUGUCUGUCUGAUGAUGAGAUCAACAUGAUGGCUCCAGUGGAGUCUAAGUUCCUGCAAGUAUCUGGUGAAGGUGAUAAGGUGUCUGAGAUGAGGCCAAAGGUGGCUGAGUGGCGUUAUGGUCCAGCACAGCUUUGGUAUGACAUGCUUGGUGUCCCAGAGGAUGGCUGUGGCUUCUAUUAUGGGUUUAAACUCAGAGAAGACCAAGAGCAAGACAGUAAUGAAACAGCGGCUAAAACUGCUAACCCUCCAGCUGCUGAACCAGUCAGUGAACAGGAACCACACCAAGAAGCACAUGCUGAGGAGGAUGAUGUGUCUCCGAUGCAGGAUGAGUUGUUUUUAAUGGUUACCCAGCUGCAGUGGGAGGACGACAUCAUCUGGAAUGGAGAGGACGUGAAACACAAGGGCACUAAAACUCAGCGUGCCAGUCUGGCUGGGUGGCUGCCUACUAGCAUGACCCGUAACGCCAAUGCUUACAACGUUCAGCAGGGUCUAAGUCGCAGUAAUUCUCUGUUGGUUCCCUCAACCCCACCACCUUUGGUCAAAACUCCAUCCAUAUCAGGCUCUAAGAGGGACAAACAUAAUCAUGAUCAUCAAGUAGCUCAUGAGGAUGACAUCCCGUGGUUCUCCAUAUUCCCGAUUGAUAACGAGGAACUUGUUUAUGGACGUUGGGAAGACAACAUAAUCUGGGAUGACCAGAGCAUGGACCACCUCCCUUCUCCUCCUAUUCUUACUCUUGACCCAAAUGACGAAAAUAUCAUACUCGAGAUUCCAGAUGAAAAAGAGGAGAGAGCCUCUCAUUCACCCUCCAAAGAAAACAAGAAAGAGUCAGCACUGAAAAAAAGUCGCAUUCUGUUGGGAAAGACUGGUGUCAUCAAAGAUGAACCUCAACAGAAUAUGUCCCAACCGGAGAUUAAAGAUCCUUGGAAUCUGUCAAACGAUGAGUUCUACUACCCCAAGCAGCAGGGGCUCAGGGGCACCUUUGGAGGAAACAUCAUCCAGCACUCCAUUCCUACUGUUGAGUUGAGGCAGCCCUUCUUCCCCACUCACAUGGGACCUAUGAAACUACGGCAGUUCCAUCGACCCUCCCUUAAGAAGUACUCAUUUGGAGCGCUGUCCCAGCCUGGCCCACACCCAGCCCAGCCUCUCCUCAAACACAUCAAGAAGAAGGCUAAGAUGCGAGAACAGGAACGUCAGGCAUCGGGUGGAGGGGACAUGUUUUUUAUGCGCACAGCUCAGGAUCUGACAGGCAAAGACGGAGACCUAAUUUUGGCUGAAUAUAGCGAGGAGUAUCCUCCCCUUCUCAUGCAAGUUGGCAUGGCGACCAAAAUCAAGAACAACUACAAAAGAAAGCCAGGUAAAGACCCAGGAGCACCUGACUGUAAGUACGGAGAGACGGUUUACUGUCACACUUCACCAUUCCUGGGAUCACUGCACCCUGGACAGCUACUGCAGGCCUUUGAAAAUAACUUGUUCAGAGCUCCCAUCUACCUACAUAAGAUGCCUGAGACUGAUUUCCUGAUUAUCCGGACAAGGCAGGGCUACUUCAUCCGAGAGCUUGUGGACAUAUUUGUUGUGGGUCAGGAGUGCCCUCUCUAUGAGGUGCCAGGACCCAACUCUAAACGAGCCAACACACACAUUCGAGAUUUCCUCCAGGUGUUCAUCUAUCGUCUGUUUUGGAAGAGUAAAGAUCGUCCUCGUCGUAUACGUAUGGAGGACAUAAAGAAAGCUUUUCCCUCUCACUCUGAGAGCAGCAUCCGCAAACGCCUCAAACUCUGUGCUGACUUUAAACGCACAGGAAUGGAUUCUAACUGGUGGGUGCUAAAACCUGAUUUUCGGCUUCCUACCGAAGAGGAGAUCAGAGCGAUGGUCUCUCCAGAGCAGUGUUGUGCAUACUACAGUAUGCUGGUGGCAGAGCAGAGACUAAAGGAUGCUGGUUAUGGUGAGAAGUCUUUUUUUGCACCUGAGGAAGAGAAUGAAGAGGAAUUCCAGAUGAAGAUUGAUGAUGAGGUACGCACUGCCCCAUGGAACACAACUCGGGCGUUCAUUGCAGCCAUGAAGGGGAAGUGUCUUCUGGAGGUCACAGGGGUCGCUGACCCCACUGGCUGUGGAGAAGGAUUCUCAUACGUUAAAGUCCCUAACAAACCUACACAGCAGAAGGAUGAUCGAGAGCCCCAGCCAGUGAAAAAGACAGUGACAGGGACUGAUGCUGAUCUGAGACGUUUGUCCCUCAAAAAUGCCAAACAGUUGCUCCGCAAGUUUGGAGUUCCUGAGGAAGAGAUAAAGAAACUGUCCCGUUGGGAGGUGAUCGACGUUGUGAGGACCAUGUCUACUGAACAGGCUCGUUCAGGGGAGGGGCCUAUGAGUAAAUUUGCUCGCGGGUCUCGAUUCUCUGUAGCAGAACAUCAGGAACGUUACAAAGAGGAGUGCCAGAGGAUCUUUGACCUGCAGAACAAAGUAUUGGAGUCCACAGAGGUGUUAUCGACGGACACGGACAGCAGCUCAGCGGAGGACAGUGAUUUUGAGGAGAUGGGCAAGAACAUUGAGAACAUGCUGCAGAAUAAGAAGACCAGCUCUCAGCUGAGCAGAGAGAGAGAAGAACAAGAGAGAAAAGAACUGCAGCGGAUGCUGAUGGGAGAGGACAAUGAGAGAGAGAGAGGCCGCAAAGAAAGACGCAAAGGCUCAAGUGCCCUUUCCACCAGCUCUCACAAAGAUGAUGAUGCUUCCUCCGUCACUAGCCUGAACUCUUCAGCAACAGGGCGAAGAUUGAAAAUUUAUCGCACCUUCCGUGAUGAGGAUGGCAAAGAAUAUGUGCGCUGUGAGACUGUACGCAAAGCAUCUGUUAUUGACGCUUACUUGCGGAUACGUACCACUAAGGAUGAUGAUUUCAUUCGCAAGUUUGCAUUGUUUGAUGAGCAGCACAGGGAGGAGAUGAGAAAGGAACGACGAAGAAUUCAGGAGCAGCUGCGGCGCCUCAAACGAAACCAGGAGAAAGAUAAAUUUAAAGGUCCGCCUGAGAAAAAGUCGAAGAAGGCCAAAGAACGACCAGACCUGAAGCUGAAAUGUGGAGCUUGUGGUGCUAUUGGCCAUAUGAGGACCAAUAAGUUCUGCCCGUUGUACUACCAAACCAAUGCCCCACCCUCUAAUCCGGUGGCAAUGACAGAGGAGCAGGAAGAGGAGCUCGAGAAGACUGUGAUCCACAAUGACAAUGAAGAACUUAUUAAAGUAGAAGGAACCAAGAUUGUGCUUGGAAAGCAACUCAUUGAGAGGCCCAUGUAUGACGAACACCUGACUCAACUGGAAAAGGACAUCUCUACUGCUAAAGAAGCUGCUCUGGAUGCUGCAGACCUUGAGAGCUUAGACCUCUUGACCCCUGGACCGUACACGCCGCAGGGUCGUCAUGGCAGAGGCCGAAUGGGCGAGGAUGAGUCUGAUGUGGACAUUGAAGGAUUUGAGGAAGAUGAUGAUGGCAAACCUAAAACACCUGCUCCAGCUGAAGAGGGUGAUCUGGAUGAUGAAGACGAGGAGGAUGAUGAAGACGAGCUCCUCAUGCGGCCACAGAGGCGUAUGCAUAGGGAUGAGGAGGAGGAGGAUGAUGAAUGUUCCAGCCGGCCAGCACAGGCCAGUGUGCUCUACCAGGAUCUGCUGAUGUCAGAUGCAGAAGACGACGCCAGUGAGGAGGAAGGCGAUAAUCCAUUCUCCUCUAUCCAACUGUCAGAGAGUGGCAGUGACAGUGAUGCUGAACUGGGGCAUCAGGAGAGCACCCGGAUUGGACUAGAGCAGGAAGAGAGUAUGAUGUCUUACGAGGGGGAGGGACCUGAUGGGGUAAUGCACAUGGAGGACAGCAAUGUCAGCUACGGCAGCUAUGAUGAUGGAGACAGUCAGAUGCACAGGCAUGUGUCCAGCCCCAGGACAGGAGAACGAGAUGGAGAGGAGGGGUACGGGAUAAGUGAAGAGGAAGAAGAGGAGGAGGAGGAUGAGAGGAGAAGAGGUCCUAGUGUUCUCACACAGGCACAGCUCAGUGAUGAUGAGGAGGACAGUGAAGAAUUCAGAUCCGUUGGCGGAGACAGUGACAUGGAUUCUGACAACUAACACAUGCUGAUUCCUCUUCUGUCAUAUGUUCUGUGUGUAAAUGUCCUGGUGGUUAUCAUGGUGUUGCACAUAACUGUAUAUUUCGUCCUGCUCUUAUGGUUGUGUUUUACAUAUUAUUUUUAUGGGAUGUAUUGAUCCUGUUUGAGGGACUCGGAAAACGUUUGUGAUAAUGAAUGUGAGAAAUACAUUUUUACGAAUCUAAAUUUAACACAUUGUG